AUGCCUGGGUUAGACCCGUUAAUCGUGGAGCAUUGUUUGCCUACUAACCCGGAGAUGCCUCCUAAGAAGCAAAGGCUGCGAAGAACUAAGCCUGAGCUCUCGAAGAAGAUAGAGGAAGAGAAGUCGGUUAAGGGUCGAGUGAUUGCUGAUUUAUUGGCUGAGAAUCCAGAAGUCUCAAAUAAUGAUGAUCGUUCCCUGGAUGACCGUAUCUUGAGUGUAAAUGAAGAUUCAUGGACAAUGUUUUUUGAUGGAGCUGUCAACUUGUCCGGUUCUGGCAUUGGGGCAAUUCUGAUAUCCCCAGACGAACAACAUCACCCAGUAGCUGAGAAAUUGAUAUUCCCAUGCACUAAUAAUAUAGCUGAGUAUGAAGCUUGCAUCCUCGGGUUUCAAGCUGCAAUCGAGAUGGGUGUAGCCAAAUUAAAAGUGUUCGGGGAUUCCGCGUUGAUCAUACUGCAGACCGUAGGUGAAUGGAAGACUAAGGAUGCUAAAUUGCUCUUAUAUCACAAGUACCUAGAAGAUUUGAUCAAUGAAUUCGAUGAAGUUUCAUUCGAAUACUUAUCGAGGUUUCACAAUCAAUUUGCAGAUGCACUCGCAACUUUAUCAUCUAUGUUGCAAGUCACUAACGGAUUAGAAGUUGAGCCAUUGAAAAUAGAGCUGAAGCCACUCAAAUUAUGCGGGAGGUUCACGAAGGAGUAUGUGGCCCCCAUAUGA